UCAACGGACCGUGCAAGUGGCUCUCGGUCGGGCGGCAGGAUGAAGGAGGGGAAGAGCGAGCGGGAGCGAAGCGGCCGACGGCGACACCGGGCAGACGAUGCGCUGGCGACCGUGGUGGUGAAGCAGGAGCGUCUGAGCCCCGAACCUGUCGCGCACCGCCGACCCGACGCCCCAGCCGCUAACCCGUCCCCGCCCGCCGCUGAGCCAGGCCGCGGCGGCCACCGCGGGAGUCGAGGCCGGGGAGCGAGCCGGUCCCCAGCCAAAAAGAAAAACAAGUCCUCAGGGAGAAGAAGCAAGUCUCCACGGACUAAGAGAAGCCGGAGUCCCCACUACGCCACGGUUAAAGUGAAGCAGGAACGCGAGGACCAUCCACGGAGAGGACGAGAGGAUCGGCAACACCGGGAGCCAUCAGAACAGGAACAAAGGAGAACUCGUAACAGUGAGCGAGACCGGCACCGGGGCCAUUCCCGCCAAAGGAGGAGCUCUGGUGAGAGGCCUGUCAGUGGGCAGGGUCGGGACCGAGACAGCCAGACUCUGCAGGCCCAGGAAGAAGAGAGGGACUUUCAUAAUGCCAGGCGCCGGGAGCACCGCCAGCAGAAUGAAGGUGCUGGGGGUGAGGCUCAGGAGGUGAUCCCUCGCCCUGCUGGUAACAGGAGCAAAGAGGUGCCUGUCAAAGAGAAACCAAGCUUUGAACUUUCUGGGGCACUUCUUGAGGACACCAAUACCUUCCGGGGUGUGGUUAUUAAGUACAGUGAGCCCCCAGAAGCCCGGAUCCCCAAAAAACGGUGGCGUCUCUACCCCUUUAAAAAUGAUGAGGUACUUCCAGUCAUGUAUAUCCAUCGGCAGAGUGCUUACCUUCUGGGUCGACAUCGCCGCAUCGCUGACAUUCCCAUCGACCAUCCCUCUUGCUCCAAGCAGCAUGCAGUCUUCCAGUACCGGCUUGUGGAGUACACGCGUGCUGAUGGCACAGUUGGUCGGAGGGUGAAACCCUACAUCAUUGACCUCGGCUCAGGCAAUGGAACCUUCUUGAACAACAAGCGUAUUGAGCCACAGAGAUACUAUGAACUAAAAGAAAAAGAUGUCCUUAAAUUUGGGUUCAGUAGCAGAGAAUAUGUCUUGCUCCAUGAGUCUUCAGACACCUCUGAACUAGACAGGAAGGAAGAUGAGGAUGACGAGGAGGAGGAAAUGGUGUCUGACAGCUAGCAACUGAGAAGCACCCCCACUAUUAGAAACUGUUCCUGCUGGAGGCCGUGGGCUUGACUCUCCAGUGACUCUUCUUGCCUUAAGUCUUUGCUCUGUUGCUGCCCAGCUUGUGUUGCAGUAUGAGAACUCUCACUUCGUGUUUUGUUGAACUUGGCAUAGCAGCUGCCUGCCUGUGGGCGCUUGUUUUCAGAACAGUCUCACCAAUUACAGCAUGUCAAGUUUUGGUCAAAGUGUGUGGCUGUAGUGGGUGCCUUCAGAACCGCUGCACAGGAAACCAAGCCCUUGGAAAGGGGAUCGUGGCUUGUUUGUUCUCUUUGUACAGUUUCUUAUUUAUAUGUCAUUGAGCUUUGUGGACCAGGGGUUUUGUUUUGGGGACAAAUCCUAGAGCAGAAAAUCUUAGUAAGCUUUGGUUGUCACCAAAACAACCUCCAGCAUAUACCAAAGCUUUGACCUGGAUCAGCUCUUGAGUCAUAGAGGUUGAUUUUGCGCUUCGUUUUUUGGAAGUGACAGUUUACCACAUGACCUCAUUAUUGACUGUAAGCUAAACAGACACUGCGACACCUGUAUAGACAUGACUGUGUGUGAGGUCACGGCUCCUACCAUCAGGGGCUGGUGUCUAUCCUGCACUGGGUUGUGCAGCUGCGUCCUGAGAGGGUUCCAAUUUCCCCAGGAAACAGAUAUAACCAUUUUUUGAAGCAGGGUUUCUCUGUAACAGCCCUAGCUGUCCUGGAACUAGGAACUCCCAGAGAUCCGCCUGCUUCUGCCAGCAUUAAAGCUGAGGUGGGCGCCACCACCGCUUGGCAGCGUAACCGUUUAGAUCAUCUGUUCUUUUUCUUCAGCUUUGCAUUUUUAUUCAAAUGUUAUCUCUUUCCUCUCUUUGAGAAACACCCCGACGUUGACUUUGUAGCAGGGCCUUGCUGUGGCCUCAGGUCGUGUGUGUGUGUGUGUGUGUGUGUGUGUGUGUAAAGGAGCCUGUGUAGCUUCCACAUCUCGGUUCCAUCUUUGACAUGGGUUUGUAUUUACUUCCCGAGGGUGGAAAGCAAGGGCAGCCCAGCUUCUGAACUUCCCACCUGCAGUCUGUGUAAGUAGAAAGGAGUUCAUGACUUACAGUAUGUGUGCCUGUAAAUGGUGUGUUUCGGAGCUGUGUGCUGAUUUUCAUAUGACAGUGUUUGUGAUAGAGAUAAUACCACAUGAUAGGCAAAGACCUGUCGCAUUUGGAGAACAGCUUUUCAUUUAUAUGUAUUUUUGAGAUAAAAAAAUAAAAUUUGUAAAUAUAGCCCCAUUUUAGAGGGUAAUACUUUCCUAGCAUAAAGGACUUUUGUUCAUAGGUGUUUGCUCCAAAGGACUCUUUGUAUCAGUGUUUUGAGGUAAAAGUGGUCCGUGUGUGGGGUAGGCGUGAGGCGAGGACAGAACCUUGCCUCGUUAGCAAGGAGGAAUCACUUUAGCAAUGGAUUCACCAUGUUCUUUUGAACUGUUGGAAGGUUUGUGUAGAUGGCCCUUCAUCAGGACCCCUUCCUCUGGUGGUGAUGAGGGCACUCAGCCUGGGCUGCUCUCAGAUCUCUCUUGGGGUUAAAAUUUAGGAUGCUGAUAAAUAAUAGCCUGUCUUUUCUUUCUGGAGUCAUUGUCUCACUUGUCGGAAGGACUGAAUGCUGGCUAGUGCAGUAGGGGCAGCUCAGGAAUGUGCAUUCAGAAGAGAUCAGCACAUUCCCUCCUGUGUCCAGAAAGCAGAUUAUACUUUGAUGGACUUUAUUCUUAAUCCAGACAAGGUUUUCUGUCUGGGAUUCCACAAAAUAAUCUACCAUCCUACUCCAAGGCCUCCCUCUGUGUCCAGUGAUAGUUUGGGGGUUUGCCUUCUUGAUAAACACUGGAAGAUAACCACUUUGCCUACAUCUUUGAGUAAAGAGGUCCCAGUAACCAGAAGUGGUGACUCAUGCCUGUAGUCAUGACUAUUUGAUGUUUUACUCUUUUGGCUUUUUGAGGGGCCCAGCACCCAGUCCCCAAAUAAAUCACACAUACAGGUUUAUUCUUAGUUAUGAAUGCCCAGCCUUAGUGUGGCUUGUUUCUUGCCAGCUUUUCUUAAAUUUUCCUGUCUAUCUUUUGUCUCUGGGCUUUUUAUCUUUUUGAACUUUUGUAUAUCUUUCCUUCUUUCUCCAUGGCUGGCUGGGUUGCUGACCCCUGAUGUCCACUUCUUCUUGUUCUGUUGUUGCUCUUCUUCUCACAGAUUUCUCCUCCUAUUUCUGCUGCUCUCUGCCUGCCAACCCCACCUAUCCCUGCACCUCCUGGCUAUUGGCCAUUAAAAUAAUAUUCCCCAACACAAGGGCCUGGAGAGGCUGAUUCAAGAGGAUUGCUGCAAAUGUUAGGGGACAUGAAAUAUGAGGUGGCCUGUUGAUUUCAACGACAAAAAUGUCCCAAUUUUAUUGAUUGUGAAUGUUUGCUUUAGUGUAGUGAGCCGUGUUAGGUUUAAGAACGUCACGUCAGAUAUCUGGGAAGAUGUACCUGUUCAUCUUAUCUGUUUGCAAGGUCUUCACUGUCUUUCCUCGCCCUGUUGAAGUACAGUUGUGUGCGAAACAGCUCUUGGGUGCUGGGCUCCUGCACCAAAUUCUCUUUGGUAGUCCCUAGUUCUGCAGAGGUGGGAAAAAGUCUUUAGAUGUGGGCCACUGAGACGACUCGGCUAGUAAAGGUGCUGGCCACCAGGUCUAAUGACCUGACUUGAUUCCCAGAACUCACAUGGUGGAUGGAUAAGCAACUCUCACAAGCUGCCCUCAGACCUCCACAUCUGUGUGUGCACACAAGAUAAAUAAUAUCAACGCUCUCAGCUACAGUUGUUUCCUCGCUCUGUCUUUAUCAAAGACAGUUGAUUAAGUGCCAGUCAGUUGAGCUUCAGGUUCUGUCAGAUUCUGUUUAAAAAAAAAA